UAUGCUCCUUGAGGAAGUUAUGAAUUUAACACAUUACACACAUACUUCAUAUCCCGGAGGCGUCUGUCUGGUUCACAUACUCUCUGCCGAAGAUUAUUCACAUAACUAAUAAUGAGAAUGGAACUAUCAGUGAAAGAGUUCUGCACUUUGAAGCGAAGCUGAGUGUUGUCGGUCUGGUCAACGUAAAGUUUGGCGAGAUGCUGCUCUACGGGCUUCUGCUACUUUCUCUUUCCUUCUGGACGUCUCAUGCAGUGUUUAAAAUACCUUUAAAAAUGUUUGCGGGGAAAUUCAACGCGUCCGUGCAGCUGGACCUCAGGGCUUUGAGAAAGAAUCAAAGCGCAGUGGAGAGUGGACUUUCCCUGGCAUCGGAUCCAGCUGGGAUUGUCAACUUCCUAGAUAUGAUCAAUAAUUUAAAAGGAGACUCUGGUAGGGGAUAUUACAUGGAGAUGGUUAUUGGGACCCCGGGACAAACGUUUAACAUCCUGGUUGAUACUGGAAGCAGCAACUUUGCUGUAGCUGCAGCAGAACAUCCCUACAUCACACACUACUAUAACAGAGCACUUUCCAGUACACAUCAGAGCUCCGGCAGGGGAGUUGCAGUAAAAUACACACAGGGAGAAUGGGAGGGAGAACUGGGAACUGACCGCAUCACCAUUCCUCAAGGGCCCAGUGGUACAAUCACUAUCAACAUAGCCACAAUCCUCACAUCAGAAGGCUUCUUUCUGCCUGGAAUCAACUGGCAGGGAAUUCUUGGAUUUGCAUAUCCUUUACUAGCUCGACCUGACCCAUCAGUAGAGCCCUUCUUCAACUCUGUCGUGAAACAGACCGGCAUUCCAGAUGUCUUUUCUCUUCAGAUGUGUGGAGCAGGAGUCUCUGCCAGCACUACAGCUGACCCGGCAGGCGGCAGCCUGAUCAUGGGAGGAGUUGAGCCAACCUUGUACCGCGGUUCAGUUUGGUACACACCAAUCCUGGAAGAAUGGUACUAUCAAGUGGAAGUCUUGAAGCUUGAAGUUGGAGCCCAAAAUUUAAACCUAGACUGCAAAGAGUACAACUCCGAUAAAGCCAUUGUGGAUAGUGGGACGACUUUACUGCGACUUCCUGGAAACGUGUUCAGUGCUGUGGUGGAGGCAAUUAUGCAGACAUCACUGAUUGAGGAUUUCUCAGCGGGAUUUUUUGAGGGCACCAAGCUUGCAUGUUGGAUGAGAGGUGAAUCACCAUGGAGGCUUUUUCCGAAAAUCUCAAUCUACCUCAGAGCAACAAACACCAGCCAGUCCUUUCGCAUCACCAUUCUUCCACAGCUGUACGUCCAGCCAGUCACCGAUAUUGAUGGCACAUUUGACUGUUUCCGUUUUGGAAUCUCCCCUUCAGCAAAUGCCCUGGUCAUUGGAGCCACUGUGAUGGAGGGCUUCUAUGUCAUCUUUGACCGUGCACAAAAGAGGGUGGGGUUUGCCGUUAGCACUUGUGCAGAAAGCGGUGGUGUGCCAUUUGCAGAGAUCGCCGGGCCGUUCCUAGCUGAAGGCGUAGCGUCAGACUGCACAAGUGGCAUGCCUCUCAGGGAACCAGUGAUGUGGGUGAUCGCGUACACUCUGAUGGGCAUAUGUGCCUUGGUUCUGAUCACACUCCUCAUCUUGCUCAUGCUGCCUUGCCAACGGCACAGAGACGGUGAGAUUACAGACGAAUCCUCACUGGUGCGGCAUCGCAUCAAGUGACGUCAGGCAUCAACUGAAGACGAGGUGGCACCAACUCAGCAAAACAGGGCUGAAGGAAAUCAGAGCAGGUAACACAUUGAGCUCUGGGUGAGAUUACAUACAUUCCUGUUUGUCUGGGUGGAAGAUGCUGGGAUUUGGACAUUUGUUGACACUUGUGCACUGAACCUUUUAAGGAAGAGGAUAAAACUACUGAAGGAUGAAGGAAUCAUGAUUAUACAUGUGAUUCUUAUUAAAAAGAAGAAAAAAGAAAUCAUACAUAAAUGUGCCAAAAUAUGAGUAUCAAUAUAGCAUUGGAGUAAAUGAUGAUGUUGAUGCUGCAGUGUUUCUCCAAAGUAUGCUGCUCUUUUUAUUCUUAGUCUUCAAUAUAGUUGAGUUAAUAAAACUACUGGAAAUCAGCAAUGGUCUCUAAAUGAGGGUCAUGGUUCAAUGAAGUAAGUUGAUUUACUGUUAUUAUCUAGAGGUUGAGGUUUCCUUUUAGAUUUCCCUUUUAGCAGUGCAUUAAAAGGAAUAAUUCAGCCAAAAAAUUAAAAUUGUCAUUAAAUUCUGCCUGUAAUUUGAAAAUGUUUAACAGAGCAGUUUUCUGCUGAGACCUGUACUUAGGAAUUUCACAGAAAAUCAACAAUGCACAAUAAAAUAAUACACCUAGUUUCACAUUUCACUGGGCAAAGGCGGCAGGAGAGUUCUUUGUACAGACUUUCUUGAUCCUUUCAUUUAAAGUUCACUCCCAAUGUCUGUAUGCCACACAUGAGUGAAUUCAUUGGGUUGGCAUUCACUACCCAUGUGUACGAACAAAUCUGUGCAUAAAAUCUGCAUACAAACAAAUCAUGAUUCACCAAAAAUGUGAGGUUUCUCUGAAAAACAAUGCAGGCAUAUAUACAGUUGGCUAAUGAGAGGUCUGUAAACUGGGUUUAUGUAAAAGUUUUUUUUUUAUUGUUUAAACUGGUUUUGAGGACUGCACACUUGACAUUGCUUAAGGAUCUGUGAGAGUGUGUCUGUAAAGAGGCAUAUGUUUAAGGAAAAGGAAAGGCCCUUUUAUAGCUAUGGUUUGGGUGUGGUUUAUGCAAAUAACUGUAUGCCUGCAGCCACUCGUAUCUUGAAUAUUCCAAAUCCACUAAUAUUAGAAAAAAAGAUGGUAAUUUAUUUGCAUAUGCAUGUGUUGUGAAUUGAGUGGAAAGUUUUCGUGACAAGUUCAAAUGUGCAUAUAAAUAUGAAUAAGCUAUGCAAUUAUUAGUGAUUGGGACCUAUUGUUUCUCUCCUCCAUGUUUGAUAGCCUUUUAAAUGUGCUUGUGUGAUUGGUACAUGAUAUCAUUCAUCAGAUCAGAUCAUAAUCAUGAAGAUUUAAAAAGUUAAGAAAACACUUUUCUGUUUUUAAGGAUGUGCCUUCUUGUGUAAUGUCUUCCUUUUAAAAAUUAAAAAUAAAAUUCAAUUUAGCUCUAGAUGAGAUUUGUCCCCUCAGAUCAGACUGAAGAUUUUUCUUUAAUUUCUAAUUUCUCUAAUGUGGGUUUUAAAGAAGACCGGAAAAAGUGUGAGGAGAGAAUCUUAAUCUAAAUAUCCUGCACAUUUGCAGUUCGUAUUUGUAUUCCCAGGUAUGCAUCUUUGACCUAUUUUUAUGCUUUUGUUUUGUGUAAUUGAUUUUGGAUUGAUAUUUUAUUUCUUAAUUCUUUAAUUUACAUGUGUAGCCCUACCUAGUGAAUAAACUAUUGAACUUGA